AUGGUGUCUCAGCCAGAAUUACCAGGAGAUAAUGCAGCCUCUAGCACAUUUAUUUAUAUCCUGCAAGAUUUAUCAACAAGAAAUGAAGAGCCAUUUUUGGGAAGAAAUUUUGGUAUAGUUCACAAACCUUUGAAAAUCGACAUCAUAAGAUAUAACCGUCCUAAUGGACUCAUAAAUUUGGGAAGGGAAAGCUCAGCAGCGUCUAGACCAUUCAGGUUACUCCCUAGAGUGAAAUUAAGAGUUAGGUCUUAG